GAAUGGUCCCUAAGGUUGACAAAAAAUUUCUUAAGGAAAUUCAAGCCUCGAAGAGUGAUUCACCGCAACAUAAAAAGCAAAAGCUUCUUCCUGCUAAAUCCAAAGGCCAAGCUAUGAGCACCCAUACUCCUCUAAGCCUGGAGAUGCUCUUAGCUACCCCUCCAAUUGCUAAGGCGAUUGUAAUUAAAGGGCUAGACCUUGUUGGUGCUUAUAGUGAGGGAUUACACGUCCCCAAUGUGCCCAUUCUAUACGUAGUAUCGUCACCAGCCCCCUUAAAGGACAAGCGAAAGGGUAAGUUGUCGGAGUCUGUAGAGGAGGGGGAGGAACAAAUUCCCCAAGUUUCUAGGUCCUCCAAGUGGGAGGAUGUGCAGGAAGCAAGGGCAAGGCUCCUCAAUUCAUGA